GCUCUUUAUGCCAUAUCAGCUGUAUGUAUUCAUUGUAUUGUAAAACCAGGGGAACAGCUGGCAGACCAAGAUCGACCCACUGCAUAAACCCUAAUCACAAAGAGAUUCAAUUCGACAAUAACGGGUUUGUUUUUGGUUGACAUGGGGUUUUGUUGAAAUGGGGAGGAGACGAUCGGCAGAGGCCAGAGAGAGAGAGAGAGAGAGAUUGCAUACAGAGAUCGCAUCGGAAAUUCAAAUUAACGGCGACUAGCGGCGGGGAGAGACAGAGACGAAGCAGCAGAUCUGAGAAAGAUCUCCGCAAAAAGGGAGAGGUGCGAUUCUAAAGUAAACAGGACAGUGAAAAAUUAGUUAGAAGGACAUUGCGAUUUGCGACAGAAUAGUAGUAGUAGUUGGCUUUCUGAUUAGGCAUUUCGUUCCCAAAUCUCAACACACUUUUUUUCCCCUUUCCUUUGAGCAAUGGCCACCGAACCCAAUCCAGCUUCCUUCCUACUCCUACUGUUACUCCUCCUGCUGCCGUCGAUAUUCGCCACCGGCAAGAAAUUCCACAUCACCGACGACCUCCGGGACGUGGUGGACGACGAGGAGGACGAAGCGUGGAAGGAAUGGGGGAAGAAGAAGACCUCCGACGUGUUCGACCCGCCGCCCUCCGACAUGUCCGGCAUGGAGCUGGAGCAGAUCCAGGAAGCGUUCAUGAAGCGGACAAUGGGCCCCGUUUUCGGGUUCGUGAAGCUCCGACCCGGCGUCAAACGUACUCCGGAUACGGUGGCGGAUCUCGCUCGGAAAUGGACCAAAAUGCUGAGGGCUGGAGCGAUGGAAUUGAAUCUCAUGGGGAUUGAUCGGAGCACCAUAAUGUUCAAUAUGGCCGAAGGCCGCCGCUCGCUUGAACUGAAGGAGUUUGUAUUGAAUCAGCCGGAGGCAUACGAGAUCAAGAUCGGAGAUAACUUGUUCAGGAGGAAAGGAGAUCCGCCAUUAGAGCAAGUCAUUGAACAGAUCCACCGAGCCAAGAACGAAGCCUCUGAUGGUACGGUGGAGGAAGAGCAUCAUGAGAGGGAAGAGGAAGAAGAAGAGGAUCCCAAGGAUGAACUCUAGCUUCUUCUGCAACUUUAGAAACCAAUAUUUUGUUAGUUUCUGAAUGAACCUUUUACGCAGCUGGUGCGAAGUGUUAGUGCCAUCUUUCUGUGUUAGAAGUGUGUAUUUAGCUAGCUGUCUUGAAAAGUGCAAAACUUUGAGCUAAUAAUAACCAGAUCAAUGUCAAGUUCCUUCCUUUUGCCAUAUCAAGCAGCUUAUAUCAUGUCAAAACCAGCACAUUGCCAUCUAACAUCUCAACCAAAAACCCAUUUCUAUCCUGGUACAGCUCUAACUUGGGUGGGAUCUCCAGCAGUGGGGGUAUACCUCUCGUGGAAUCUCCAACGGUAGAGCUGUACGAGGAUAAGAAAUGGGUUUUGGCUAAGCAAAAGGGGCGGCAGUUGUUUCAAGAUCGAGCUACUUCUCAGCCAUGGCCACUAUUUUGUGUUUUGAGAACCAGAGAGAUAGAAGAAGAAGGCAUUGGGUAGCUCUGCUGAUAUAGGUAAAUCUGUCUCAAAGCAACUGUGGAAGUGGAAACCAUUAAAGGAGGUCUGUUGGGGUUAGGUUCGUGAUAUUUAUGACUUGGGGGGAAAUGUGGAGUGGACAAUAGUCCCUUAUUAUCAGUCACAUUUGUAACUUGUAAGAAGACAGAGACGGAAAAUGAAAUGACCAAACGAAUUCCCAUAAAUCAAAAAGAUUAGUCCUGAAUAAAGGCUUUUUAGAUUUGGUUAUUAG